AUGCAAUUCAAAUCCAUCCUCGCAACAUUCGCGCUCCUGGCCAUGGGAAUUGUCGUCUCCGCUGUACCCCUGCUCGGCGCUGAUCCCCUCGUCGCUCGUGCUGCCCUUGAAAACCGUCAGGUGUCGUGCUGCCAGAAGAUCGGGGACGAGCCCCCCGUCUAAAACUCUUCAGCGCUGCUGCUGUACGAUUGUGACGACGUGUAUCAUCACAUGUACUAUGAGACGACGCCGGUCAUGACCAUACUUUACGGUGAUACAUAGUGUGACGCAUGUCACCUGUAGUAAUAAUAUUAUGUAGCCCAAGAUUUGUUAAAGCAUAGCGCAGUAGCCGACCCUGACAUACGCCAGAUGUUGUGAUCUUAAGACUGUCUCG